AUGGAUCUGAUUUAUACGUCCUCAAAUCCAAAAAGGCAGAAGAUUGAAGAAGAAGAAAAAGUGGUUGAGAAUGAAGAUAGAAUCACCCAGUUGCCUGAUAGUCUUCUCCAUCACAUCCUGUCUCUUCUUCCAACUAAAGAUGCUGUAGCAACUUGCAUAUUAUCUACAAGGUGGCAGGAUCUAUGGAUGUCAGUUACCAACUUGGACUUGAAAUGCACUGUCUUUGCCAAAACAUUAAGGGCAUUGAAAGUCAAAUUAUCCUGUGAUUUGGAACUUCCUGAAACCAUCUGCCUUCCAAGCCUCACGGUUUUACAUCUCUGUUACUUUAACUUUGAAGAUGAAGUUUCUAUUGAUAAAUUAUUUUCUGGUCUUCCAGUCCUUGAAGAAUUGGAAUUGACUCAUUGCAAAUGGAAUAUGUUCACUGCUACAACCUCUAUCCCGACACUAAAGAGCUUAACUUUGGAUUUUUCUCUCGAUCCUGGUGAUGACGUGUAUGGAUGUCUCAGGUUGAAUGUAGAAAAUCUUAUGUACUUCAGUUAUACAGGUAACUUGAAAGUUGAUUUGCUUCUAGAGACGUCGUCUUCUUUAGUUGAUGCAUCUAUACACGUGGGAGGCUUUGUGCGCCAUGACGAAGCUUCAUCCCACGCAGCUAAUCUCUUCAAUGGAAUUCGUUUUGCCAAAUCAAUAAAAAUUGAUAAUGACACUGUGGAGCGUCUCUGGGAUAUUGUGGAGGAGGAGAAGAUGAUCCCUAAAUUUGGUUAUCUGACCUCUUUGGAAGUGGAUGCAACAGUGACGAGUGAAACAAGUGAUGUACUGAAGGACUUUCUUCAAAAUUCACCUAUCCUUGAAUCUCUUGUUGUUAGGAAGGUACAUGGUGGAAGGUGGGCAAGAGAUUCGACAACUCAGUGUCCUAUGUUGAACCUCAAAACAUGUAGCCUGCUAUAUUUUAGUGGACAGGCGCCAGAGGUGAGUUUUUUGAAGUUUGUUUUGAAGUGGUGUGCAGUGUUGGAGAGGAUAAAACUCUUCUGUGCAAAAUGUCUGUCAAGUAAUCCUGAGAAGUUAGCGUACAUUAACAAGCAGCUAGAAAAAGCACUACUCAAAGUCUCGAAGAGUUGUGUAAUUGAGUUUCUGUAAGAUAUGAACUUCCUUCGGCUUCUGCCCCCUUUUAAAGAACUGGAAGUUCAUGGUCUGACGUUUCUGUCCCCUUGUUGUUAAGGCUGUUCUUGGCAGGUAUAUAUAUUGUUCUUUACUUGUUCUUGGCAGAUCUAUCGAUUACCGACUUCCUUUAUCAGUUGUAGUCUAGGAAUAUAUUGAUAUGUUUUGUUCCUCAUUUUCACUAUGGGGAUUGAUGGGUUAACGUAAUGCUUGGUACUAUGCUCUUAUGAUGUUAUUUUUGUUUGUCAGUGUUCUUAAUCCUGA